UUUCCUUAUACGUAAUGAAAUUAUUAAUGAAUUCAAGGUCUUUGCAUUACCCUAGCCUACUCUUGUUAGCUAUGUUGAUCAUUAUCAUUGCAUAGGGUGCAAAAAUAUGUAUCAGUAUUCCAGUUGUAGUGGAACAACUCUGUAGAGUAACUUGAUUUACAAGUGACACACAUAUCUAAUAUAUUUCAAUGUUUUGAUACAUUAAAGGUAAUAUUUAACUAUGGACCAAAUUUGUGAAGAACCUCAUCUUGAUAUAACAAUUGAUGAAAAUGAAAUUGUUGAUGGUGCCAAAGAGAUAAUUAAAAAAAUUAGACCAACAUGGCCUUUGGAUAUGCUGAAUUUUAAGAUAUUUACUGAUGGAAUCACAAAUAAACUGAUAGGAGUGUGGUAUUCUGAGCAUUACAAUGAUAUGGUCUUGGUUAGAGUUUAUGGACAUAAGACAGAUUUGCUUAUUAAUCGAAAAGAUGAAACAAGAAAUAUUCGAAUACUAAAUAAAUUUGGUUUUACACAUUCCAUUUAUGCUACAUUCAAUAAUGGCCUGGCUUACCAAUUUAUUGAAGGUGAUACACUUACAACAGAAACAGUCAGAGAUCCUAAUGUAUAUACUUUAAUUGCUAAGAGAAUGGCUCAAAUGCAUAAUCUUAAGCCUCAUGAUGAUGAAAUACCCAAAGAAGCUUGUAUUUGGAACAAGUUAGAGAAAUUUAUGGAAAUUAUGCCAAAAGAAUUUUCUAAUGGUGCCAAACAAGCGAGGUUUGAAAAACUCAUAAAACCAUUUAUUGUGUUAAAACAGAAUUACGAAUUAUUAAAGGAGGAACUGACAAGUUUAAAUAAUGAAGUAGUAUUUGCUCAUAAUGAUUUACUUCUAGGAAAUGUGCUUUACAAUCAAAAGGAAAAUUCUGUUACAUUUAUUGAUUUUGAAUAUACUGCAUAUAAUUAUCAGGCUUUUGAUAUAGCUAAUCAUUUUGCGGAAUUUGCUGGUAUUGAUAAUCCUGAUUAUUCCUUGUAUCCUGAAGAGCAACUGCAAAAAGCAUGGUUGAACAUAUACCUUCAGGAAUAUAAUAAUAUAAACUAUGUACCUGAAAAUGAAAUUAAUUUACUGUACUUGCAAGUAAAUAAAUUUGUUCUUUUAUCACACUUUUUUUGGGGUUGUUGGGGACUUAUACAAAGUGAACAUUCAACAAUUGACUUUGACUUUUUAGAGUAUGCUGCAAUACGAUUUAAUGAAUAUUUCGAGCGGAAAGAAGAAUAUCUUAAUAUGAAAAUGUAA